AUGCGGAUUCAGGCCGAGGCUGUGGCGGGGCCUCGAGUCGACGCAGAGGACGCAACCCAGCGUCUGCGCGUGAUUCGCGUAGACCGCAAGACGCUGCUGGCACGAGCGAACGCGGCUCAGCGCCGUCGCCGUCGUGAGGAGCGCGAUUCGCGUCGACUGGGCAAUCGUCGACGGUCUUCGUGGCUGUUCGGCGGUGCCAAGAGACCACACGACGAUGCAGUGGAGCCGCCGUCUCCCUUCGCCAGCAAUGUAGUGGUGAGCGCUAAGUACAGCCUAUGGAACUUCGCGCCACGCGUGCUUCUUGCGCAGUUGCAGCGACCCUCGAACGUAUAUUUUCUGUUCAUCGCUGUGCUCCAGACCAUCCGAGAAGUAAGCAAUACAAGCGGCAUCCCAACUAUUUUGCUACCACUGGCAGUGGUUUUCGUGUGUAGCGCAAUUAAAGAGGCAUUAGAGGAUCGAGAGCGCCAUCGAGCUGAUCGCGUGGCGAAUAGUAGACCGGUAUUGGCCCUGACUCCCUUGGGCAGUUGGGAGCAGCGACAAUGGGGAGAUCUACGUGUAGGCGACAUUGUCAAAGUGAUGAAUGACCAAACGAUCCCUGCGGACUUGUUUUUGCUGUCAGCGGAAGCAGUGGAGCAUGAUGACGAUGCGGAGUUUAACUUAGCGUACAUUGAGACAAAGUCUCUGGACGGCGAAACUAACCUAAAAAUCCGCACGGCGAUCCCGUUGGUGGCUGCGCUGUGUCGCGAGUCAAACAGCAAAAGCCGCGCAACUGAUGGCGGAGAACACAACGAACUGCGUGGUAUGAUGGUGUGUGAGCAGCCAAACAAUCGCGUUACCAGUUUUGAAGGCACGUUUUCAGUAGUACUAAGCCCCGCUCAAGCGCAGACGCUAGGCACUGCAAGCCUAAUGCAGACCGAAAUGACUGGAGAUGGCCUCGUGCGUGUGCGUGUACCGGUUACGGCAAAGCAGAUGAUGCUGCGGAGUUGCGUGCUCCGCAAUACACGCUCCGUCACAGGGAUGGUGAUAUUUACGGGCCAUGAGACCAAGGUAUUUUGCAGCAACACAGAGCCUGUCGUGAAGACCUCGUCAGUGGAGCGACGACUCAAUCGACUUAUUAUCGGGAUCGUAUUUAUCCAGCAGCUCGUCUGUUUUCUUGGUGCGUUGCUCGGUGCCCAUUGGAUGCACACAGAGGGAGAUUCGUUCUGGUAUCUUCUCAGUGCCAGCGAGCGGCGGCAUCACACUCUCACCGGUGUUUCUACUUCUCACCCAUUGGCUGAGCUGGCCAAGUUGCAUCUGCGCUACUUCAUUAUCAUGCAAAACUUUGUUCCAAUUUCGCUGAAUGUGUCGCUGGAGUUCGUCAAGUAUUGGCAAGCCUAUUUUAUCGAGCAAGACCUAGAAAUGUACGACAAGCUGUCGGACACGCCGGCAAUGGUACGAUCCUCAGCUCUGAAUGAAGAUCUGGGUCGUGUACACCAUGUAUUCACGGAUAAGACUGGAACUUUGACAAUGAAUCUCAUGCUUUUUCGCUACUGCACGGUGGGAGGGAAGCAUUACGGUGGUCCCAUGCAGGAUAAAGAUAUGGAGGCUGAGAUUCCUAGCGAUAAUUCGUCUUCCACCGCUGCUGAACCAAAGGAUGGUCCGAGAUUUGUUGACUUUGACCCGACAGAGCUAUUCGCUGACAUUUGCGCUGGAGGAGAGCAGGCGGAGACGCUGCGUCGCUUCUUACGACACUUGGCGUUGUGUCAUACGCUGAUUCCCACGAAAUCCCUAGCUGAGAUGUGCAGCACGUCGUUCCCAGAGUAUUCUGCGUCGUCACCCGACGAGCAGGCCUUGGUGUCUGCAGCGGCGUUCUGCAAUGUCCGCUUCGUGCACAGAACGCCCACCGCCGUUAUGCUCUUGGAGCCAGGAUGGACGUCGCCUAGCUCGUAUAAAUUACUGAACGUGCUUGAGUUUGACAGCGACCGCAAGCGCAUGACAGUGGUCGUGGAGACUCCAGAUGGGACGAUCGAACUCCUUUGUAAAGGUGCCGACAAUGUCAUUUUUGAGCGACUUGCUGCAGAUCAAGCGACAAUGCCAGGUGGGAUGUCCUAUGAACAAGCUUCGGACCAGCUUACACUGUACGCAAAGGAUGGUAUGCGGACACUUUGUCUCGCUUAUAAAAUAAUCAGUCGGCAAGAGUAUGAGGACUGGAACGCACGUUAUACGCAAGCACAUGCAUCAAUGGAAGAGCUAGUUAAGCGACGGCAAGGUCGUGCGAAUGCCAUUGACCCAUUGAUGAACGAGAUUGAGCGUGAUCUGGUUCUUCUGGGCGUAACAGCAGUUCAAGACAAACUGCAGGCUGGUGUACCUUCGACGCUGCGUCUACUGCAAGAGACGAAUAUUAAGGUGUGGACGCUCACAGGCGAUAAAAUGGAGACGGCGGUGAACAUUGGAUACGCCAGUGCGCUGCUUUCUCAUGACAUGGACGUACAGCAAAUUGGAGGCGAUGAUUACACGUCGACUGCUGCAGCUCUGAAGGAGUUAUCUCAGCGUGGCGAUCAAGCAGCGAAAUGUUCUCAUCCAUCGCCAUUUCUAGCUUCAUUGUCUUCUAGAGCUAACGGAAGUAGAAGAACACGACGUCGUGAUGGCAAGCGGAAAGCUUCGAUCCAAACGGACACGUUCCUGGGAAGUGCGAAGGCAGCUGUCAGUGAUUUUCUCUUUGGAGCGCCAACAAAGCAAAAGCGAAAGCAAAAGCGAAGACGUCAACGAACUCGUCGAGCGUCAAGGAUGUCGUCAGCAUUCAGCCAAACGCUAAUGUAUUCUUCAGUUGCGACGGAUGCAGAACAUUCCGAUAGGUUAACAUCAGACGAAGAGUCUUUGUACGACGUCGGGAUUGAGGCUGAUGAUGAAGCUAUUCACACGCCCGCAUAUGGUUCUCUCGCUGGAAACAUACACAGCAGUGGAAGCCGUCAACAAACUGGCUCAACGCAGAAGCUAGCGCUCGUGAUUGACGGACAGGCUCUUGAGUACGCGCUUCGCCCUCAGUUGCGUACUCUAUUCUACCGAGUCACUCAGCAGUGCGCGUCAGCAGUCAUUUGUUGUCGCGUAUCCCCAAAACAAAAAGCAGAUAUUGUCGAAUUCGUUUGCGAGUUUGAACCCGAUAGCGUCACACUUGCAAUCGGCGAUGGAGCGAAUGAUGUAGCGAUGAUCCAGGCAGCACAUAUCGGUGUGGGCAUUUCCGGUCAGGAAGGAGCACAGGCAGUGAAUGCUUCGGACUAUGCACUAGCUCAAUUCCGCUUUCUGCAACGACUGCUGUUUGUUCACGGUCGUUGGGCUUAUCGUCGCGUGGCUAAACUCAUGAGCUAUAUGCUUUACAAGAACGUGACGUAUGUGCUCACAACGUUCUGGUUCGGAUGCUUCUGUGGGUUCUCCGGCCAGCCGCUUAUCUUGGACGUAGCUGCACAAAGUUUCAACGUGCUGUACACGAGUGUGCCGCUAGUUCUCUUUGCCGUGUUCGACCAAGAUGUAUCGUCCACCAGUGCUGCCAAAUUCCCGUAUCUAUAUGCACUUGGACAGAAGAAUGUCCUCCUCGCUCGUCGCGUAUUUUGGCCGUGGAUUUUUAACGGGGUGUGGCACUCGAUCGUCAUCUUUUUCGUUUCUGCUUGGGCAUUUGAAGGCUUCGGGCUCGGUAUCCGUGACUUCCCCGUUAUUGCCACUGAGACCGGAAAAAGUGGCGGGCUUGUGACGCUGGGAUUUGUGGUAUUCACGAACCUGGUGAUCGUCGUGAACUUAAAGCUCUGUCUGGAGGCGUUCCUGCUUACGUGGCAGUUCCUGCUCACAGUGACUGUAUCUGUACUGUUGUGGUUCGCUGUUGGGUUCUUCAUCUCGCUACCAAACACGGGAUUCCCUCAAGCCACUGGUGAGAUGGAGUAUCUCCAAGAGCUGCCGACUUUCUGGCUGGUUUGCCUUCUUGUGCUGUCGUUGAGUCUGUUACGUGACGGCUUAUGGAAAAUCUUCCGCCGAUUCUCGCGCCCUUCGAUGUAUCACAUUCUCCAGGAACGAGAAGUCAUGGGCUUGCCAAACUCGCCGCGACGCAUGCUACGUGAGCACCGUCGAUCUGUAUCAAACACAGCGUGGUCAGAUGAACCAGCUACCGUUGUUGACUAUGCAAAGCUCUUCACCAGAGUGGAGAAUCCUGAGGAAACUCUGAUGCGUUCGUCUCCUCUUGGUGAGAGAUUGAUUGCGUCCCCGUUCUCCAGUUCAUCCAGCGGCGGAGAUACCAUCGAUCCCAAUCAGCUGGCAGGAUUUCAAGGUCGAGAGAAGAAGCGCAAUAUUCGUAUUCGAGGAUCAUUUCAUUCUAUCGGCAGCUUUGAUAGCUUUGAUGCAGGUGUGGAGCCAUCUUUCCUGGAAGCUCCCGGAUCGGUUGCCACAAGUACAGCAAACGCUGGCGUUGGGGCUCGUUCGUCAUCUUUUGUCGGCUCGUACCAUGGCUACGCGUUUUCCGAGGACGAGAAUGUGGACAGCGACGUGGAAGCAGCGUCGUCUAGGACAACUCGAAGCGAUGUUGACCAAACGAAGUCGGCAUUUGGAACACACGUUUCUAUCAAGAAGGUUCUCAAGUCAGUUCGCGGUAGAAAGAAUGCAUAA